AUGGAUGAAGCAAAGACGCUCUUGAACGAGCUGAUUGGUAAGUUCAAGAGUCCGGUGGAAAAGCAGGUUCUUAUGACGCUCAGCCUGCAAAUGAAAGAAGGCAGGCACAGAAUAGAAAGCGUGACGAAGACACUGCAGGAAAAUAUGCAGCUGUUUAGAAAGAAAAACAUGCAGCUGGAGUCAGAGGUAAGGAAGUAUUCGUAUGCACUGAGUAAGAAAAACGAUGCGUUUGUGGAGCUCAAUGCCGAGAAGCUAAGGCUUGCAAAGAAAAUAGUUGAGCUAGAAGAUGAAAAUGAAAAACUCCGGGCAAGCAUUGCAGAGACCGACAAGAAAGCACAGGAAAUAGAGGAACGAAUCAGAAGCAUGAGCAGGCCAUCAUUCAAUGAGAUAUACCUGGAAAUAGUGAAAGGAUUUGGGAUGGAGUUUGUUGAAAAAGACGACGGCAUGUGGUUAAGGAUAAAAAGCCGUAAGAUGAAUGAUGUUUUCAUGAUGCCGAUAGAUACAUGUACAGAUAUGCUUGAAGUUGCAGAUAUGGUCUGGGAAAAGAUUUGA